UGAUGCAUGGGAGAAGAAAAAGGAAAAUGAGAGGUGAAAAUUGAAUCGUGCAUCUUAGGAUAUGGUCAUAUCUUAACUAACUUUCACCAAUUUUCCCAAAGUGACCUAUGCAUCAAACAGAAUGUGAUUACUGCAUUUAUUUGCCAUAAAUUUUCUCCAUACUAUUGAGACUUUCCCCAAUAGGCAUUUCCCCUAACCCUGCCAUAAAAAAGGCAAGGUUUUUGGCCUCCUUUUCCCUUGUCUCCUCCAUAUCCCUUUAUACUUCAAUGUUCCAAAAUUUUCAAGAAAACAAAAAGGAUUCCUUAAUCCAUACAACAACAAUAACUACGCCUCUGUUCCAAAUAGAUUGGAAUUGGCUAUAUAAAUCCUCAUUGAGCACGAGGAAAUCUUGUUAGGCACAAUGGCGAUCAUUCCACAACAAUAAUCAGAAAAUCCUCUCAAUUAUAUUGCCAAUAUCUUCUCAGGAUGACUACCAAGAACGAGAAGAAAGGCAAUAUAUUGAUGCAAAGGUAUGAGAUUGGGAAAUUGCUUGGCCAAGGGACAUUUGCCAAAGUCUACCAUGCAAGAAAUCUCAAAACUGGUCAAAGCGUUGCUAUAAAGGUGAUUGACAAAGAGAAGGUGAUGAAGGUUGGCCUAAUUGAUCAAAUCAAACGUGAAAUCUCAGUCAUGAGGCUAAUCAAACACCCAAAUGUUGUCCAGCUUUAUGAGGUUAUGGCUAGCAAAACAAAAAUCUAUUUUGCCAUGGAAUAUGUUAGAGGUGGUGAACUUUUCAACAAGGUUGCUAAAGGCAGGCUUAAAGAAGAUGCUGCAAGAAAAUACUUCCAACAAUUAAUCGCUGCAGUCGAUUUCUGCCAUAGCCGUGACGUCUAUCACCGUGAUCUCAAGCCCGAAAAUCUCCUCCUUGACGAAGCUGGAAACUUGAAAGUUUCCGAUUUCGGGCUUAGUGCAUUGUUUGAUUCCAAAAGGCAAGAUGGUCUCCUCCACACAACAUGUGGAACACCAGCCUAUGUAGCUCCAGAGGUGAUCAACAAGAGAGGUUAUGAUGGUGAAAAGGCAGACAUUUGGUCAUGUGGUGUCGUUUUAUUCGUAUUAUUAGCAGGUUAUUUGCCAUUCCAUGACCAAAACCUUAUGGAAAUGUACAAGAAAAUAAGCAAAGGGGAAUUCAAGUGUCCACAAUGGUUCCAUCCAGAGGUAAGAAAGCUACUCUCAAGGAUUCUUGAUCCAAAUCCAAACUCAAGAAUUACUUUAAUUAAGCUCAUGGAGAAUUAUUGGUUCAAAAAAGGAUUCAAACAAAUCGAUAAGACCCCGAAUCCAGGGAAAGAUCAACAUGAAUCGCCUCGUAGUGUUUUCGAUAUUGAGGACAAUAAUUCAGAUGGAGAGGGACCUUCCAAUGCAAAAAAAGAUCAAGAUUCAACAAUAACAAUGAAGCCUACUUGCUUAAAUGCAUUUGAUAUCAUUUCUCUUUCUCCUGGUUUCGAUCUAUCUGGAUUAUUCGAGAAGGAGAGAGAUAGAAGAUCAGAGGCAAGAUUCACAGCCAAAAAGCCAGCUUCUAUUAUUGUGUCGAAAUUAGAGGAAAUGGCUUCAAAUGAGAGCUUUAAUGUGCUGAAAAAAGAUGGGACAGUGACAAUGCAGAGUAUUAAAGAAGGGAGAAAAGGGCAGCUAGCAAUUGAUGCAGAGAUUUUCGAAAUUACACCUUCAUUUCAUGUUGUGGAAGUGAGUAAAAAAUCAGGUGACACAAUGGAAUACAAGAAAUUCUUUGAUCAGGGAUUGAAGACUUCACUUAAAGAUAUUGUUUGGACAUGGCAAGGUUGUGAGCAGCCACAGCAAGUUGAAAAUCAAGAAAGAAAUUGAUCAUCUUUUUGUUUGUUAAAUGAAAGAAAAAAAAUCUUUUUUUUUUUCCUUUUUUUGGGAGGGGAGAGGGAGAAAGGGGUAAUUGGCUUGCAUAUCUUGUACUAUCUUGUAUUUUCUUGUUUUUGAUUGAUUUAGAUGUUUUUAAAGUUGGAAGGCAGCUGCUUCAUUAGAGUAUCUUGUACAUUGUACAGAUCUAAUAGGGCUUACAGAUCUGAAUUGAAUGCAAGAGAAAAAAUGAUGAUGAUGAUGAAGCAAGUUAUCCUUCGUAUUAAAUUUUCCUCUGUAUUUUUACCAAUUGAUUUAUAAAUAUUUUGAGAGAAA